AUGAUGACAGUAAAAGUGUUUGCUUUGUUUUUAACUAUAUUUGCAUUAGUAUCGCUUGCUGAAUGUCAUUGGAUUGGUGGUUGGGGAAGACCACCAGUAGUGGUAGUCGGUGGAGGAUUUGGUUUCGGUUACGGUGGUGGAUUUUAUCGUCCCCUACCUCAUCCGCCACCGCCGCCUCCAUUCUUUUAUUACCCACGAUACCGGUGA